AUGAACUCAGACCUAAAGGCCCACUUAAGGGAGCUGAACACAACAGCAGCCAAGGAAAUUGAAGUUGGUGGUGGUCGGAAAGCUAUUAUAAUCUUUGUUCCCAUUUCCCAAUUGAAGUCUUUCCAGAAAAUCCAAGUCCGGCUAGUACAUGAAUUGGAGAAAAAGUUCAGUGGAAAGCACGUUGUAUUUAUUGCUCAGAGGAGAAUUCUGCCUAAGCCAACUCGAAAAAGCCGUACAAAAAAUAAGCAAAAGCUUCCCAGGAGCCGUACUUUGACAGCUGUACACGAUGCAAUCCUUGAAGGCUUGGUAUUCCCAAAAGAAAUUGUGGGCAAGAGAAUCCAUGUAAAACUGGACAGCAGCUGGCUUAUAAAGGUUCAUUUGGACAAAGCACAGCAGAACAAUGUAGAACACAAGGUUUAA